AUGGCAGCGGGGUCGCCUCGCGGCUGCGCGGGAUCUUUCACUACGACCCCGCGCUCUACGCGGCGGCCGGGGGAGGAGGGGAAAUGGGGGGGGGUGCGGCGGGCAAAGACCGCGAGGCGGACCACGCGAUGGCGCGGGUGCGGCGGGUUUCGGCCCACCUCGCCGGUCUCACCGGCCCCGCCGGCGAGGGCGCCUUCACCGUCAUGGGCUACACCAGCGACUCCAACCUUCUUCUGCGCAAGGGCUACUUCUGCCUGUUUGUCAACCACCGCCUCGUGGAGAGCGCGGCGAUUCGGCGGGCGGUGGAGGCCGUUUAUGCCUCGGUCCUGA